CCAGAGCCAGAUCCAAUGAAGCAAGUCAAACUCUGUCCAUCUCCUCUGACAGCCUUCUCCAACACACUCAAACAACAUAAAAGAUAAAUCAACUCCAUUUUGACUCUCUUCACUGUCUUGUCUUUUUUUUUUGUUUUUUUAAUUUUCUUUUCUUUGCCGUGUUGUAAAUUGUAAAUGGAGGAGCAAAAAUUAGCAUCUUCUUCUUCUUCUUCAUCAUCUUCUUCUUCGGCUGUUGCUGCGGCUACUAUGCAGCACGAUCUAUCGGGUUCGGCUGGUUCAGGUGGAGCUCGGUACAAGCUAGUGGCUCCAGCUAAGCUACCCAUCUCAAGGUCGGCUUGUAUUACGAUUCCACCUGGGCUUAGUCCUUCUUCUUUCUUGGAGUCUCCAGUUCUUCUUUCUGACGUUAAGGCGGAGCCUUCACCGACUACUGGUUCUCUUAUCAAGCCUCAAGCAGUACACGCCUCUGUUGCUUGUAGUACAUAUUCAGCAACCACUGCGUGUUCUAAUGCUUUUGACGAAAGAAAUCCAAGCACCUUUGAGUUUAGACCUCAUCCUAGAUCAAAUAUGGCUCCUGCAGAUUUAGACCCGCAGAGAAGUGAGCAAUCUCAGCAGAUCCAAAUUCAAUAUCAGGCCGUAUCAUUCAAUUCAUCAGCUACAGUUAAGAGUGAGAUGGCAGGCUCCUCGAAUGUAUUGAGCCUUUCUGUACCCGUUCAUACAGCUACUUCUAUGGCUAGUGCUCAUGCUGAAGUCGAUGCCGAGGAAUUAAACCAGAUAGGUAACCCAAAUGGUGGGAUGCCAUCUGGGCAGUCUGAUCAUAGAGGAGUUGGGCCUGUGUCAUCUGAAGAUGGAUACAACUGGAGAAAGUAUGGACAGAAACAUGUGAAAGGAUGUGAAUUUCCACGCAGUUAUUACAAAUGUACACAUCCUAAUUGUGAAGUGAAAAAGCUGUUUGAGCGAUCUCAUGAUGGACAGAUUACUGAGAUAAUAUACAAAGGUACACAUGAUCAUCCUAAACCUCAGCCUAGCCGCCGAUAUUCUUCUGGUAAUAUCAUGUCUGGCCAAGAAGAAAGAUCUGACAAGGUCUCAUCUUUGAAUGGUAGAGAUGACAAGUCAUAUUGCGUUUAUGGCCAGAUGGCUCAUAGUAUUGAGCCAAAUAGUACUGCAGAUAUAUCUCCUGUCACAGCUAACGAUGAUAAUUUAGAUGAGAUUGAAGAUGAUGAUCCAUUCUCGAAACGGAGGAAGAUGGAUGGUGGGAUUGAUAUCACUCCUGUGGUGAAGCCAAUCCGGGAACCACGUGUUGUUGUUCAGACUGUGAGUGAAGUUGAUAUACUGGAUGAUGGGUAUCGUUGGCGCAAAUAUGGGCAAAAAGUAGUGAGAGGAAAUCCUAAUCCUCGGAGUUAUUAUAAGUGCACAAAUGCUGGUUGUCCUGUUAGAAAACACGUUGAGAGGGCAUCUCAUGAUCCGAAGGCUGUUAUAACCACAUACGAGGGAAAACACAAUCACGAUGUGCCAACUGCAAAAACUGGUAGUCAUGAUACAGCAGGAGCAGUAGCAAUGUGUGGGCCAUCAAGGAUUAGAUCAGAAGAAAAUGAUGCCAUUAGCCUUGAUCUUGGUGUUGGGAUCAGUUCCGUUCCCGAACAUGCUUCAAAUGAGCAUCAACAAUUGCAUUCUGAACUGGUCCAAAGCCGGCCACAGACUGGUGGUUCAAGUUUCAAAUUUGUUCAACCAACUAUGAUGGCAUAUUACGGUGCUCUAAAUGGCAGCAUGAAUCAGUAUGUUUCUAGAGAAAAUCCGAGUGAAGGCCGUGGUGUUGAAAUUACACCCCUAAAUCAUUCUUAUGCAUUUCCACAGAGCAUGGGAAGAAUACUAACCGGUCCGUAAAAAUCUAUUAACAACGAAGGUGACGAUGAAUAAAAAUAUGGACUGGAUUUCAUUUCUCCAUCUUUUUCACCGGUAAAAGAGAAGGUUAAAAUUGUAUUCUGAAAAUUCGGAUUUUUCUAUGUAUGUAUGUAUGUAUGUAUGUAUGUAUGUAUGUAUGUAUGUAUGUAUGUAUGUAUGUAUGUAUGUAUGUAUUAGUUUACUAUCUCAGCUUAUCUCAAUCAUGUUGCCAAUCACUGUUUGUAUUAACUUGGGAGUUUGUACAAAAGUGGAACGGAUACAGGUAUUAUUUUCUCACAGGAAAAUGUUGUAAAACAAAUUCUUGAAAUGAUAUUUGUAAGAAUAUAAUAUAUGUAUUUUCCAUCUUGUGGUUAAA